UAGACGUGAAUAAAAGUGUAAAGCGCCACACACACACACACACACACACACAGCGAGUUCUGGAGUGAGUGAAUGUUGUUUUUUUGUCGAAAUCCGUACAAAGUGAGACGCGAGUGUCGAUAGACGUGCCGUAUAACGCAGCGAGUAGCGAGGAAAAAAACAAAAAUUCAAGAAAAGAUGGCAGCCGCAACCUCUGUUGUCGUUUUAGAUCGCGGAAAUAACACCACUUGCACGGUUAAUUUACAUGGUGCCACAGUCGUCUCAUGGCGCGUCAACAAUCAAGAACAACUGUUCGUUAGCAAAUUGGCAGUUUUUGAUGGAAAAAAGGCGAUUCGUGGAGGAAUUCCUUUCGUUUUUCCGCAAUUUGGAGCAUGGUCUUACGGGCCUCAACAUGGCUUUGCGCGAAUCACGAGAUGGACAUGUGAACAUGCUCCGGAAAGAUUGCCGAGCGGAGAUGUUGAGGCGGUGUUCAGUUGUAUGGAUAACGAUUUUACGAGAUCGAUGUGGAAUUAUCAAUUCAGAAUCACAUACAGACUAAUAUUGCGCGAAAAGGAACUCCAUUUCCACAUUGGUGUAUAUAAUCCUAGCAAAGAUAUCACAUUUUCCUUCAACUUACUCCUUCACACUUACUUGAAAGUUCCUGAUGUCAGACGAUGCCAAAUUACGGGAUUACACGGAUGCACCUUCAUCGACAAAGCGAUCUAUUCACAGACACGAGAUGGCGCAAUUUACCAAGAAGGGCGCGAAGUUGUCACAGUUAACGAAUGGACCGACAGAAUUUACCAACAUACGCCGCAGGAACAUGUGAUCACGAAUGUUGUUUCUGGCAGAAAGAUGCGUUUGCAGAAAUAUAAUUUUCCCGAUACAGUUGUUUGGAACCCAUGGAUGGAUAAAGCUCGUGAAAUGUCAGAUUUUGGCGACGACGAGUACCCGAACAUGAUUUGCGUGGAAGCUGGGCACGUGUCGAGUCCCGUAAUUCUUUUGCCCGGCACCGCUUUCGAAGCGAGUCAAAUUUUGCAGAUAAAUAAAAUAAAAAUUAUAGGUAAUGUGAGUAGAAACCGGAGGGAGCGCGUCGUCCCGUAAGUCCGGUAAACCACGUACAAAGAAAAAGAGAAAAUCAGCAGCAGCUCAACAAAAUCCAGCCGCAUCUUCGUCCACAAAUUCGUCGCAACAACAACAACAACAAGAAGCCACUGCUGAAGACGCCGCCGUAAUUAAUUCCACAACAGGAAAUAGUUCAACUAGUAAUAAUAAUAACAACAAUAAUAAUACACAGUCCAAUAAUGCGGAAAAUAAUUCGUCAAUUGCCGCAGCUCAAGCAGCUGCUGUCGUCCAACAAGGUCUCACAUCGGCACUUUCCCAACUUUCCUCCUCAAAUUCAUCGACAUCGUCAUUUUGGCAAGCAGGCACCUUUCCCUACAACUACGGAGGAGUCCUUUUUAAAAUGCCUGGCGCCAAUUUGUGCGGGCAUGGACACCAAAACGGAUGUGAAAUGUGCUCCCAUAACAUGUGAAAAUAAAAAAAAAUAAAAAUUUUAAUUAAAAAAAAUUAUUAGAAACUCUCAGAGAGUUAGUUUUAAGACUUUUAAACCAUAGAGGAAAUUCUAUGUUCUCAAUUCAACAUUAUAUUGGUAGAUAGGUGUUUUAUUAAAAAAUAAAAAAAAAAUAUAAAUAAUCCCCGAAGAUGAAUUAAAUUCACCAAAAUUUUGACUUUUUCAAGGCCUUUCGUUGGAAAUAUAAUUUUACGGUCAAAAAAUAAUUUUAAGUAAUUUUUAGAUGUUUAACUUUUAAGCUACUUUCAUUUUUUUUAGAACUCUUUAGAAAAAUAAUUAACAAAAAAAAAUUAUUUGUAAAAAAUCGUAUACGAAUUCAUGCCUUGCAAAAAAAAAGAAAAGGUAAAAAAUUGUCUAUAAUUAAAAUAAAAUUAAAAAAA